CUUAGAUCGACUUACUCGGUAGUUUUAUGUGAGGACUGAGUGUGCUCUUAGAGCCGCUGUUGCUGUCGCGGACUCCACAUUCCACCGGGAAUCUUUGUUCUGUGCAUACAUAUUUUUUUCCCGUCUAUCCGCAAGGGAAUUUAAUUUUUUUUUUUUCAAUAAGUCAAACUAAAUAACAAACAUGUCUGACGACGAGGAUCAAUACUCCAGCGAGGAAGAGGAAGUCGAAGAAGUGAAGCAGCCUGAGAAGAAGAUCGAGGGUAGGGCGUCCCAAAAAGAGUCCGAUAACCCGGAAUUUAUGAAGAGACAAGAGCAAAAAAGAAGCGAUCUCGAUGAACAACUCAAGGAAUAUAUUAUGGAGUGGCGGAAGCAGAGGGCCAAGGAAGAGGAAGAACUUAAGACAUUGAAGGAAAAGCAAGCUAAACGUAAAGUUAGCCGUGCUGAGGAAGAGAAAAAAAUGGCCCAAAAGAAGAAGGAAGAAGAAGAACGUCGUCAACGUGAAAUUGAGGAAAAGAAACAACGUGAUCAGGAAGAAAAGAGAAGACGUCUUGAAGAAUCAGAGAAAAAACGUCAAGCUAUGAUGCAAGCGAUGAAGGAUCAAAGCAAAAAAGGACCCAACUUUACAAUCAACAAAAAAGAUAUUGGAAACUUGUCGUCAGCGCAAUUGGAACGUAACAAAACAAAAGAACAAUUAGAAGAAGAGAAAAAAAUAUCACUAUCGAUUCGUAUUAAGCCUCUCGAGGUCGAAAAUUUGUCUAUCGAGAGAUUACGCGCAAAAGCCAACGAUUUGUGGGAAACAAUCGUUAAGCUUGAAACUGAAAAAUAUGACUUGGAAGAACGUCAAAAGCGUCAGGAUUAUGAUUUAAAAGAAUUGAAGGAGCGACAGAAACAACAAUUGAGGCAUAAAGCUCUGAAGAAAGGUCUCGACCCCGAAGCCUUAACUGGAAAAUAUCCCCCCAAGAUCCAAGUGGCUUCAAAAUAUGAGCGUCGUGUCGACACAAGAUCUUACGACGACAAGAAAAAGUUAUUUGAAGGCGGCCUGACGGACUUGCUGAAGGAGACCAAGGAGAAGGAGUGGACCCAACAGAAGGAACAAUUCCUUGGUCGCCAGAAGACGAAAUUACCGAAAUGGUUUGGAGAGAGACCAGGCAAGAAGAAGGAAGAUCCCGAAUCACCUGAAGAAGAGGAUGUUAAGGCAGCCGCCGACGAGGAUCUAGAGCCCGCAAUGGAAGAGGAAGAAGGUGAGGAAGAAGAAGAAGAAGAGGAAGAGGAAGAAGAGGAGGAAGAAGAAGAAGAGGAAGAGGAAGAAGAAGAGGAGGAAGAGGAAGAAGAAGAAGAAGAAGAAUAAGCUUCAUUUUUUCUCAAUAUUACUAUAAUUAUUAUUAUUAUUACUAUUAUUAUUACAUUAUAAUUAUUAUUAUUACACUAUAAUUACAAUAACAGAAACGAACAUUAAAUUCAUCGUCAUCUUAAUUAAAAAUAUUAAAACAAAAAAAAAUUUACGGCUUUUUAAUUCAACAAAUAUUAAUUAUUUAUUUAUUGUAUGUCAUAAUUAAUAAAAAAUUAUAAAAUA